UCCAAAAAGCCCAGCGCAAGGAAAGAGCAAGAGCAGCGCCUUCUGCUUUGCCGAUAUCGUGAAAACCCCACGCCAAAAACGUAAAACGAACCCCAGACGGGCGACGCCGCGACGGGGCGACGUGCGACGGCCAUCUUCACUGCCGGACGGCCAGGACAGGACGGCGCACGGCGGCGGCAGGCUGCUACUCUAAAUCCUCUCAUUUCUCUUUGUCAUCAAACAAGCUAAAAGCUAUCCCUCUUAAUAAGAAGAUACUUUUGAAGUUUUGAGAAGAGGAGAUUUGGGAUUUUUUCGUAACAUAAAAAAGGAAAAGUGCUGCCUAAGUCAGAAGAGGAGAUUUGGGGUUUCCCGAGUCCACCACUAUGCCUAAGUCAAUAAAGUCAUAAGUGGUUAAGAGGCGUGUACUGCAGUGUCACUGCUCAUGCUACUCGGAAUGAGUCAAGUUUGACCAGCCACAGAAAAAGACUUAUUAAACUUGUCAGUUUUUCGAACCACCAGUAAGGAGUUGUUCGGGAGGGAGCGAUCGACCUCUAUAUUGAUGCAAGAGAAAUUCAGAUUCAUGAUUGAUAAAAAAAAUUUGGGAGCUGUGAUCUUCUUCCUCUUGACCUCAUGACACGCUCGCAUGACAGUUACUAGCUGCUCAAUUUCUAUGGGCAUUAAAAUGUUUGUGGAUUGAGCUACGAACUGUUGCCCAGUUACUAGCCACUCAAUUCCUCCAAGGAAGCCAGUGCCGUUGAAAUUGAAAGAAUGCGCCAUUCCUCUACCGAGUAUAAUAUCUCUUUCUCUGCCCACCUACUUUUUCGUGGAAGCGCGCUCUCCGCGUCCGACUUCCCGGCGGCAUAUAGCGUCAGGACAAUCCUCUAAUUUCGUCAGGACAAUUCUCUUUCAAGCUUCAACACACAACCGGUGAUCUUUUUUCUUGUUUUUUUUUCAACUGCGCGUUUCAACUUAGAAUCAACUGACCGCCAAUCCUGCCGUUUCUUCUCAUUCAACCCUCAAGAGAUCGGGUUUUCCCAAGUUGAAUCCAUCUACCCACUGUGAAUAUCUGCAAAAAAGUCCAAUUCUUUUUUUCCUCUUCUGUGAAAAGCUCGCCCUGGGCUGUUGCCAAAUCCAAAUCCUGAUGGGUAAUCGUACAAGCAGAAGCAGUCAUGCUGCUGAAUCACAGACUAACGGGAACCACAGAUCAACUCAUCAGACUCACAUUGCGCACCCAGAAGCUCGAUUCCCUUCACGGCCACAGCCGCCGACCAGGAAACUGGAACCCAAGUCCGAUUCCAUUCUCGGUAAGCCUUAUGAAGAUGUUAGGUCACACUACACUCUGGGUAAACAACUGGGUAAGGGUCAAUUCGGCGUUACAUAUCUCUGCACCGAGAUUAGAACUGGUCAACACUAUGCUUGUAAGUCAAUUCCCAAGAAAAAGCUUGUGACCAAGGGCGAUAAGGAUGACAUGAGGAGGGAGAUUAAGAUCAUGCAGCAUUUGAUGGGUCAACCUAAUAUUGUUGAAUUCAAAGGGGCUUAUGAGGAUAGCAAUUCGGUGCAUCUUGUGAUGGAGCUAUGUGCUGGUGGGGAGCUUUUUGAUAGGAUCAUAGCUAAGGGGCAUUACAGUGAACGGGCGGCUGCCUCUAUUUGUAGGUCGAUAGUGAAUGUUGUCCAUACUUGCCAUUUUAUGGGUGUGAUGCACAGAGAUUUGAAGCCUGAAAAUUUCUUGUUGUCUGAUAAGAGCCAAAACGCCGCCCUCAAAGCUACUGAUUUUGGCCUAUCGGUGUUCAUUGAAGAAGGGAAGGUGUAUAAGGAUAUGGUGGGAAGUGCUUACUAUGUUGCUCCUGAAGUCUUAAAAAGGAGGUAUGGGAAAGAAGCUGAUGUUUGGAGUGCAGGUGUUAUAUUGUAUAUACUACUCAGUGGUGUUCCUCCUUUCUGGGACGAAACUGAGCGGGGGAUCUUUGAUGCCAUACGUAAAGGAGAGCUGGACUUUGAAACAAAACCAUGGCCUUCCAUAUCGAGUAGUGCCAAGGAUUUGGUACAAGGGAUGCUCACACGUGAUCCACAAAGACGCCUUACUGCUACUCAGGUGCUGGAGCAUCCAUGGAUGAGAGAAGGCGGAGAAGCAUCUGAUGAACCAAUAGAUAACGCUGUCCUCUCAAGAAUGAAGCAAUUCAGAGCAAUGAACAAACUGAAAAAACUUGCCCUCAAGGUGAUAGCAGAAAAUCUCUCAGAAGAAGAAAUUCACGGACUGAAAGCGAUGUUCAUGAAUAUGGACACGGACAACAGCGGUACAAUUACAUAUGAUGAACUGAAGACCGGAUUAGCUCAGCUUGGGUCGAAGCUCACGGAGGAUGAAGCCAAGCUGUUGGUUGAAGCUGCUGAUGUUGAUGGAAACGGCUCCAUAGACUACAGUGAGUUCAUCACCGCAACGAUGCACAAGCACAGGCUAGAAAGGGAAGAAAAUAUGUACAAAGCAUUUCAGUAUUUCGAUACAGAUAGCAGUGGAUUUAUCACAAGAGAUGAACUAGAGACGGCUAUGAAGGAACAUGGAAUAGCGGAUGAAGAGUGUAUACAGGAAAUAAUAUCUGAAGUAGACACCGAUCAUGAUGGAAGAAUUAACUAUGAAGAGUUUUGCACAAUGAUGAGAUCAGGAACCAAACAGCAAGGCAAGCUCUUCUAACAGCAUAAUCCUGCAUUUGUGCGAAGCCAUCGAAUGCAUUUCUGAUCAAGCAACUAAUCGACCUGUAACAUCUGCUUUAUGUUUAAUGUCAAGUGUCAACACAUCUUUUUGAUGUAGAAUUCGACUCUCUUUCAGCUAUGUUUAUGGAGUCUUACAUAUUGCUAUUAUAAAACACACACACACAGAGUGAGAUCCUUUCUUCCUAAAGCUUUUAUAAAAUUUACUAAAUGAUUAAAUCAUGUGAGACGGCCAUAUGUGCAUCUCCAUUGUUGUUAAGAUCAAUGCUUAAUCUCGAUUACUUUCUUCUUACGCACUGCAUUUGCCUGUCCA